AUGGAUUGUGACAUCACUGUCGCGGAGAGGUCACCCAAAGGUCGAUUUAUAAGAAAUAAAGAAGAAUUAGGCAGUGGCGCACAAAAACAAGUAUAUAAAGCUUAUGAUCUUGAGCGUGGCAACGAAGUAGCCUGAAAUGCUGUAAACUUGUAUACAAUCAGCGAAAAGAGGAGGAAAAGACUUACCGAAGAAAUUACGUUAAUUAAGAUGUUAGACCACCCAAAUGUCUUAAAAUGCCGAGGAGCUUGGGUUGCAGCUGGCCAAUGCAUUUUUAUUAUUACUUUUAGGCUAUUUAGCAAUAAUAAUUUUUGUGUAUUGUCUAUUUAUAGUAAAAAGGAUACUGAUCUAUGCACAGGUGGUUCUUUAAAAUCUUACAUAAGAAAAAUUCAUUCACUAAGACGUCGUGUUAUUAAAAAUUGGUGUAAAGGGAUUUUAGAAGGGCUGAAUUAUUUGCAUACACAAAAUCCUCCUAUUAUCCAUAGAGAUAUUAAAUGUGAAAAUAUUUUGCUGGACUCUACAACGGGGAUUGUAAAAAUAGGGGAUUUAGGACUGUCUACUGCCUUGUCAACGUCUCAGAGAAGCUUUAAAGGGACGCCGAGCUUUAUGGCGCCUGAAAUGUAUGAUGACAGGUAUGGCCCUGGGGUGGGAUAUCCUAUAUAUUAUGAAUAAUUACUAUUAUUUAAUAGUUAAAAUUUCUAAUGCUUUAUAUAAAAAAAUAUAUUUAUUCAUUUGGAAUGUGCCUACUCGAGAUGUGCACAUUAGAAAACCCUUAUUCGGAGUGCCAAAAUGCGAUGGAGCUUUUUCAGAAAGUAAUAAACCAUAAAGCUCCAAAUGCACUGUUGCGAAUAAAAGACUCACAAAUUGUAGAAUUGAUCAAGCAGUGCUUACUUCCUGCUGAUUCACGUCCAACGGCUGGAGAGUUGUUAAGAAGUGAAUUCUUAAACUCAGAGACCAAAAUUGAUAGAGAGCCAGUAACUGUCGAGGAUAAUAUUUUGCCAGAAUCUGUUACUAUUAGUAUGAGCCUGGCGAAUUAUUUACAAAAUUCUCAAAUAAUCAGUUUUGAUUAUUUUUUAAAAAAAGACACACCAGAAAAUGUUAAGUUAAUGCUAUAAGGCUAUAAGUAGAUAGGUCAUUAGCCUGCAAAUCUAAUCUAAAGAUUGCUCCCUAGGCUUGAGCCACCUCUUGCAGGCCCCGUUAGUCCAGAUAAGAAAAGCUAACUGGGAGGCAAAACCUGUCUAGCUCAUCUAGCAAGAACAGGGAAAACUUUCGGGGAAGAAGAAACAAACCCCCUCUUCAAGUUAGAAGACCUACUUCAAAAAGUGAAGAAGCACCAUUUUCAGCCUCAUCAGGACGGGUUCUACCUGUUUCAUAAAAAAAUGCAUCUCGAAGUCCAUCUUCUUUCAUCAUCAUUUUAUUUCUAAACACCCCAGAAGGCAUUGCAUUGGAAAUUAUCAAAGAAUUCCAAAUCCACAAAGCAGUUUUACCUCAGUUGAUUACACAAAUUACACACCUUAUCAAUUGUAAAGUAAGACUUAUGCCUCAAACCCACAUACAAGAAGCAAAACUAAUAGAAAUUUAG